GAAGCCAGUUAAGAUCUCGGUCAGAAGUGACACCGAUCAAAACUCAGCUUUCACAGAAAAUUCAAAAAGUUGUUAUUUUUUCAUUUUUUCAUUUCGCAACAGUUUCUUUACUUGUACAUUAAUAAUUGAAAAUGUCGUACGGGUAUGGUCAGCAAGGAGGCUAUGGUUAUGGACAACAACAAGCUCAUCCAGGACAUCCAGCUCCUGGAAUAGAUCAAAAUUGGCUCUCUGGAAUUUUUCAGAGGUAAGAUUAAGGGUAAUCUAGAAGUGAUGUUAAUCGUUAAUGGAAAUGGCCUGAUCGUGAAAUGUUGCAGUUACUGAGUUAGUAAGAAACACUUGAAUUUGAAACAGUGAGUUGAAUCUUCUCCUGGGUCCUAGUCUGAAUCUUGUUGAUUCGAAUUGAGGUAGCACAUUUUCAUUUAUUGAUUCUUUGUUGGAGGUUUGACCAUUUUAUUUCCUUAUUAUAAAGGCCUAUUUAUAUAUGUCUAUGUUACACACUUUACACAGCAUGUAGUAAAGUUUAGUAAUAAGAAGACCUAUGUUACAUCAUCAUAAUUCAUAAACUACUAUAAUUCAUGAAUAACCUAACUAGCCUAUUCAUUGAUUAAAAAAAUACAUACAAAAUUUCUAGCCUGCCUUCGAGAAUCAAGAACCAUCUAAUUUAUUAAUUAGCCUAGAACUAUUCUAGACCAACUGCAAAACAUCCUUUUUUUUGUAUUAUCAUGUGACAUUUUAAUGAUUUUAUCAUAUGUCAAUGAUCAUGAGUGUAUUGUCACAUUGAUAAGCAUUGAGAGUCAUUGAUUGAUAGAGCCUACUCAUUGUGUCAUCUUUUCAAAUUAUUAAAAUUAAAGGCUAUUUAACAAAUAGGCCUAACUACUAUUUAUGAUUUGAUAUUUAAAAAUAACAUAAACAAAUAGCCUACUUAAACAUUUCAGGUGUAAUUAACAUUAACAGAUGUCUUAUCUCUAUGACUAUGGUCUGCGCUUUGCCAGAUUUCCCCUAAUGUUGACUAGACUGUUUUAUUUAAUUAUAAUUUUAUCAAAAUUAAAAGGAUACCGACACUGACUGUAGCACUAGUACUAAGUCUGAGUAAUAUAGUCACUAUCAAUUAUUUCAUUUUAAAGCUAUGGUUGUACGAGUUACACAAAUAUGGCGGAGUUCAAUUUGAUAUGCCGUGGGCUUAGCUUGAUUUGCUCCACCAAUUCCAUGUUGAUAAAGGGUUGAUAUCUUAAAUUGUGAGUCUUAGAACUAGGUCAUAAGUGGCUGAGAAGCGGUUUGACUUUGAAAUUAUGCUGCAGUUUCACAUGGUUGGUUGCAUCUGCAUGAAACUGAAGCAUGUUAAACCUGAGUGAAAUUCUUGCUGGUCAGCCUGGUGUUUUAAUGAUACACCAAAACCUGGAAAUAAAGAACAUUGAAAUAGCACAGACCUGUCAUAUGCGCUAACUCACCCUGGCUUGGAACGAUUUUUUAACUCUAGCUGAACCUGCAAAUAGCACCACUUUCGAGGGGUUUGCAUUAUUUCCAGGGUUCACUGUAUGAACAUGCCUGGAUAAGAUUUUUUAAAAUAAAAAUGUUUAUGUCAACAAAGAUUUGGUACUAUUUAUACAUCAUGAAAACUGACAACUUCAAUCACAAAAACGUAAUUUGUCCUUUUUUCUGCCCUUGAACCUGAUGCCGAAAACAUAGCACUUUUAGGGAAAAGUAGUGAAGAUAUGUCAAAAACUUUUAUUAAAUUAGAAGACACAUCACUACAAGCAGGGCUGGAGGUUAGCAACUAAAAAACAAUAUACAUGACUAUGUUAAGAGAAGUAUGGACAGAUAAAAACUAUUAAACUUAGAAACCACACUUUUGAAAAAGUAAAUUAUUUCAGAUACUAAAAUCCUAAAGAAAUGAAUUACUAACAGAAAUAAAAGAAAUAUUAUUGGCCUGGAAACAGGGCAUGCUUCAGUAGUCACAAAAUAAUCAAAAUUAAAAAACAUUACAAGAAAAGCUAAGAAUAAAACUGUAGUUAGACCAGUUGUAAUAUAUGCCAGUAAAACUCUGACCCUUACAAAAAUGGCAGAAAACCUAUGAAAUAUAUGUGAGAGAAAAUUUCUCCGGAAAAUAAAAACGGACCAACAAAGAAUAAAUAUGGAUGGAGAAUACAAACCAACCAGGAAUUGUAUAGACUAUAUCAGGAUCCCAUGCUUGUAGCGGAAAUAAAUACGGCAGGCUACACUGAGUGGGGCUUUUAGAAAGAAUGACAGAGGAGUGAAGAGGGUGCACCACAAAAAUCCCAGAGGAAAACGGCUCAAAGGCAGACCUUGGUUUAGAUGGAUGAACUAUGCGGACAAAGUUUUACAGCAGCUGGGAAUCCAAGCAUGGAAAAGAAAAACAUCAGUUAGGUCUCUGUGGAAAGAAGUGUUGAGGCAGGCCAAAGCCCUUCAUGGGCUGUAGUGCCACAGGGAUGGAUGAAACCUUAAGUUGUUGUAAAUGUAGAUUUUUAUUUUACUAUACUUAAUGUGGAUGGAAUUUUAUAAAAUGUAUUAUCUUUCUCUUGAGGUUUUUUUGGGGCAUUGUGAUUGUUCCUACAAUUUUUUUUUUACGAUGCAAAAAUAUUUGAAUUCUCUUAGUGUUGACAAGGACAGAAGUGGGCAUAUUUCUGCUGUUGAACUCCAACAAGCUUUGGGGAAUGGUAAGAAAAGGGAACAUUCUCAUUAUCUGUCUGUGUAUAAAAUUCCAAAUCUGUUCUCAAUAUCAUUUACCCCAUCACAUUGGAAUUUUUUAGCAAUAAAUUUUAAAGCUCUUCUGCUGUGCUGCAUUUUCCCGGUGCACAGAAUGUAUUCUAAGAAAGCCAGGUUGAUUUACAUUUUGGAUAUGUUAAAAAAAAUCAUUUGUACUCCAUGCUAAAUAACUGUUUAUCUACUAACUGUAAAUCUUAUAUGUACUAACUGUAAAUCUUAUAGUUUUUCAAACGUGAAAACCUCUUCAAAGGUUGAUGUACAAGUCUUUCACCCUUCCCACCAAUACCAUCAAAAAUAUAUUCAUACCUGGAAGGAUAUCAUAAAAGACAAGUUAUUUGGACUUUAUGGCUUAUUUAACAUUUAACUGUAGAGCAAGAAAGUAAGAUUUUGGCUUUAACAUUUCAAAACUUACCGCUUCAAGCUUUUUAGAUUGUUUGGUUAUUGAGAGCAGAGUUGGUAAUUGAACCUUUAAAAAAAAAACAUGGCAAGACAUUCAAUUCAGCUCCAUUUUCAGUUUAUCUGAAUCUUUUUCAAGUCUAGAUGAAAAGAAAGGGUAGUUUAUUUCAUCAGUAAUGUGAUCAGAGCAUAUGAACUGUUCAGUCUUGGCCACGUUUGUUUUUUUUUUUACCCAACAAGCCCAAAAUAUAGCCUAGAUUCUUCAUUUGUAUAUUGCUUUGGGAUUUUAUUUUCUGACUCAUUAUUCAUGUUGUUUGUCAAAAACCCUUGUGCCUUUGGAUAAAUGUUAGUAGAAGUCCACUUACACUGAUGACAGGCUGGCUAUUGGGCUUGAUGGAAAUAGUAAAGAAAAACCUCCAAGAUUGUUAGUGGUCACUUUGACAUAUAUUGCUUUCUCAGGAUUGACACAGAUCGCAGUGGUUCAAUAUCUGCCAAUGAAUUACAAAGGGCUUUAUCUAAUGGUAAGCAAGUGUGACUUUUAAAGUUAACAAACUGUUGAGCUAAUAUUCUUUAAAUUAACAAACUUACAAGGCACAAGGGUAAUUGUAGACAUUUAUAAGUUUGUCUUGCUGUGUUGAUUUUUUAAUUAUGAUUUUCAUCAUCCAUUUUUGGUUAUUUUCUUUUAAAAAAUAAGAACAGCUUUAAGUUUGAGUGUCAGUUUUGGGUCAUAAUUUUUCAAAAACCUUUGAGUUAUUCUUUCAGUUAAAAAGUUUUAGGGUUCAUUGGAUAAUGUGUAGAUUUCUUUCAUUUUAUUUAAUCUAAUGUAAAUUUUAUUUUUCAAUAUUAAGAAACAUAUUUCAUUAAAAUUAAACCAUGCUUAAAUUGCUUGAACUAAGACAAAAUAUAGUAUAACUCUGCAGCUAACGGUAAAAAAUAUAUAUGUUAUUAGGUACAGGUUCUUUUAAAAUUACAUUAAUAUUUGGUGUGCAUCAUUGCAGAAGUAUUCUAUCUUUUCAAUAUUUCUAUGACAGGCACCUGGACACCAUUUAAUCCUGAAACUGUCAGAUUGAUGAUAGGUAGGAUUUUUUACUCAGAAUUGUGUACAUUUUAUGUGUUAAACUAGUCAUGUGUUUUAUCUAACUUUUAUUAGUGGAUCAACUCAGAAUAAUAAAAGUCAUUGUUCUCUUUUUGUAGUAAACAUGGAUAAGAAAAUAGACUGGCUUAAAAUGCUGACUGUUUUUCAUUUAAAAAAAAAAAAAGAAUCAGUUAAUUUCAAAUAAACAUUCAUUUUAAUUUGUAUUAUUAAAAUUGUAAUUAUCUCACAUUUUCACAUACGUUUCAAAGUUCUGGUGUGUGGGUGACAAUGUUGAAUAUUUUGCAUCUGAUUUUUACAGGUAUGUUUGACAGGGACAACUCUGGUUCCAUCAACUUCCAAGAGUUCACAUCACUUUGGAAGUAUGUUACAGAUUGGCAAAACACAUUCAGAUCCUUUGACAGGGACAACUCAGGGAGCAUAGACAAAAAUGAGCUGAAGACAGCACUCACCAGCUUUGGUAUGUACUUCCUUUAACAGAUCAUGUUGGCUUUAAAGUUUUUACAGUAUGAAGAGAAAAAAAAUGCCUAUGAAGACGAAAUGACAUUUUCUAGGUUUUUACAUUGGGAUAACUAAUACAAUCUGUUGUUCACUGACAGUUUAAAUUUAAAAUAUUGUAUUAACCAAAAGCCAUGAGCUCAUUCAGCUCAUUCAAAAUAAAUGAGCUCCUGUGACCUAUGAAGAAUGGAGAGUCAAAAAGAGCAGUUUUUGGAUUAGAAUAAAAAUGUUUGUCAUGUUACAUACAGUUUAAUUUUAUUUAAUAUAGUCAUGAUUGGCAACUCCUUCAAACAUAGUUGACUGGUAUUUAAUAUAAAUAUAUUAGUAUGCAAUCUCAAAUGUUAAGCCAACAAGAAGUACAGCAACAAAUAAAAUGUUGUUGAUCUUACUUAGGAGUAGGAGUGUUAGAUAAAUGUUGGUUAUGAAAAAUAAGUUAUUUUUAUUUUUCAGAAAGGAUUAGUAUAAUAUAUUGCUCAUAUUUGUUCUUAAUAAUUUUAGCUAUUUUUUUCGUAUUAUUAUUUUAGUACUAGUUAUAGCCCACCUAACAUUGGCGAGGCAAUUCGUGAACUUUCCUUUGACUUAAAUUACUUGAAAAAACAUACAUUCAAGUAAUGCUCUUCAUACGAGUCACUAUUAGGGCUCAUUCCCCCUCUCUCCUCAAGCCGCCCACUUGUUCACGCCCCUGAACUUUAUUAAUAUUCUAAUGUCCCAACUCCUGCAGAUUAAUUUAAUCAUAUUUAAAUUAACACUAUUAAAUCAAAAUAAAAUAUUACACACCAAAUGCACUUGCAGUAUUUUUAAGAAUCUCAUUUGGGCAGUUAUCAGGAAUUUUAUUUUGCUAUGCUAUUGAACUCAAUAUUACUCCAUAUUUUCUUUCAUACAUAGAGAAUUGUAUGGAUCAAUUAGUUACAAUGCAGAUCAAUGACAAUAAAUUGGGGGAGGGGGGGGGGGAGACUUGAAGUAUCAUGGACCAAAAAAGGAAAAUAUAAUAUUAUGAUAUUUUAAAAUAUUGUAAUUCAUCGUUGCGCAACAAAUACAUUUUUAAAAACUUAUUUUAAACUCCAUAUUUUCUUUCAUACAUAGAGAAUUGUAUGGAUCAAUUAGUUACAAUGCAGAUCAAUGACAAUAAAUUGGGGGAAGGGGGGGGGGAGACUUGAAGUAUCAUGGACCAAAAAAGGAAAAUAUAAUAUUAUGAUAUUUUAAAAUAUUGUAAUUCAUCGUUGCGCAACAAAUACAUUUUUAAAAACUUAUUUUAAGACUGUGGUGUCUCAACUUCUUACACAUACAAUUGUAAAUGUAAUUAACUGAUAUUGAAUUGUUAUUUGUUUCUUCAGGAUAUCGUUUAUCUGAGCAAUUUUUUGACAUCUUGAUCCGUAAAUUUGAUCGUCAAGGAAGAGGCACUGUGGCUUUUGACGACUUUGUCCAGUGUGCUGUUGUGCUUCAGGUUUGUAAUUAAUUUACAAUACAGUAAUAUUCUGAACAAAAAUAACGAUCUUUUGGCAAAAGGUUUUACCUGUCAGAAAUUCUGAUGUUUACUAUGAUAUCUGUUUUUUUUAUCAUGACCCAGUAGAAACAUUAUUUAUCAUGACCCAGUAGAAAGAUUAUUUAUCAUGACCCAGAAGAAACAUUUUUUAUCAUGACCCAGUAGAAACAUUUUUUAUCAUGACCCAGUAGAAACAUUAUUAAUCAUGACCCAGUAGAAACAUUUUUUAUCAUGAUCCAGUAGAAACAUUAUUUAUCAUGACCCACUAGAAACAUUUUUAUCAUGACCCAGUAGAAACAUUUUUUAUCAUGACCCAGUAGAAACAUUUUUUAUCACUUUUCAUCAUGGGGCUUCUUCAUAGUUAAACUUUACUUUGUAUCAGAGUAAGAACCCAAUGAAAAUAAUUUUUUUUCGUAGACAUUACAGAGGCUUGUCAAAAUAGUGUGUUUAGUGAUGAUAGUAGCUAAAAGUUGUAUGCAGAGUUUGAGGUACUCAUGAUAUAGUGAUCACUCUUACACUCUUUGUAUCAAUCAAAUCAUCUAAAUUGAUGCACAGAUGAGUGGUUAAAUUAUUUCUAUUGUUCAUGUUUCAUAGUCACAUGUACAGAAUUUUUGGAAUAUUCUGAAAAAUAUUAAAUAUUGCUUAUCUGACAAAAUCCAAUUCAAUGUUCUGUUAAAUAAGAGAAAUCGACUGUUUAAAUUAAAAUAAAAAGAUUUGUAGACAGUUUCAAUUAAAUAACAAGAUAUAUAGACUGUUUGAAUUAAAUAACAAGAUAUAUAGACUGUUUGAAUUAAAUAACAAGAUAUAUAGACUGUUUGAAUUAAAUAACAAGAUAUAUAGACUGUUUGAAUUAAAUAACAAGAUAUAUAGACUGUUUGAAUUAAAUAACAAGAUAUAUAGACUGUUUGAAUUAAAUAACAAGAUAUAUAGACUGUUUGAAUUAAAUAACAAGAUAUAUAGACUGUUUGAAUUAAAUAACAAGAUAUAUAGACUGUUUGAAUUAAAUAACAUGAUAUAUAGACCGUUUCAAUUAAAUUAAAAGAUUUGUAGAAGUGUCUCUUAUUAAAAAAAAGUAAACUUUUAAAAAACUUCAUCAAUCAUGUAUUCACUUUGCAUCUAAAGACUGCAUCAGUCAUGGAUUCACAUUGCCUAAGACUUCAAAGGCACAUUUCUUUUUGUUUUUUCUUCAGACUUUAACAAGUUCAUUUAGAGCUUUUGACACGGAUCAGGAUGGCUGGAUCCAGAUCUCAUAUGAGCAGUUCUUAACUCUGGUCUUCAGCCUACGGAGCUAAUGCAACUGUGAGGACAUGAAGAGUGCUUUUUUUUUUAAACACUUGUAAAACUGUUCUUUGAAUGCUCAUACAAUUAUUGACUUAUUUGAACUUAUAUAUAUAUAUAUAUAUUCAUUGUUUGUUGAAUGUAACUUUGUCCCCUUUCUAGUAAAAAUGAAUUAAUAUGUUUACAAUAACAAUAGUUGCCCUUUCAAAAAUAUUUUGGUUAACUUGAACAAGCAUUGUUUUGUGUUGAUUAAUUGAUCACAUAAUUUUGAAGCAGUAGGUCAAUAAUGUUUUCUUAGUAGCAGCCAGUACUUACAAAGAUUGUUUUCUUCAGUAUGAAACAGCUGCUUAUUUUGUUACAGAAUGCAAUAACCUUUUUUUUUCCCCAGCAGUUCAUUGUUGUAAAAGUAAUUUUUAGAACUUAACACAUUGAUAGUUUUGACAAAUUGCUAAAAUAAAAUCUAUAAUCAUAGUAUUGACUGUUGAUGUCUUAUUAAUUGUGAAAGAAGACUGGACACUUUUCCUGGGAAACAGUCUCUUUUCAAACCUUUUAUUGAAUUUGACAUAAAUGCUGUUUGAACUUCCUCAAAUUCAUUUUUACCAACUUCAUUAUGACUUGGAGAGCUAAAAAAAAAUGUUUACACAGCUUAGGCUGUCAAGUUGUUGUGAAUCCUUGUUUUUCAUUUCCUGAAAUAUUUGUAGUUGAAAUGCUGAAGUGAAAGUAUAACCCAUGGCAAACUAACUGUCUUGCAAAUUUAGUUUAAUAACUUGAGCACAUGUUCCUGCCAGUUGCUUCAUAAGCCAGUAGAUUGUACCGCAGAUAUUAAGGAAGUAGGGGUUUAUAACCUAGAUUCCCAAUCAGUCCAAACAUUUUCUAACAAUUUUUCUUACUACCGGGUAUUAAUUACAGUGGAUAGUUUUAUAAAGUUUCCUUAAUUUAUCAACAAUGCACUUAUGAAGAGGAGAAAAAGUGUUUCAUCUGCGUCAUUUUCUUGUUAUGUCCAGCCAUGCUAAGAUUUCUGCUUUUAACUCUUGGAAAAUUUUUCUACAGCAGAAAGGCUUUGGGCAAAACAUUUUAUGUUUGCUUCUUUUGAGAUCAGUGAAAGAAAUAAUUAUAUUGUUGGAGUACUCUAAAUACUUUCAAUAAAUUUUUGUACAACUGAGGUUAAGUCCCCCUUUUUUUUGUAUAGAAGCUGUCGGACUGAUUUUGAUAAUGUUUGAAUUUUUUAAAAAGACUGACAUUUAAACAUUAACCACUCGUGAAUAUAUUAACAGAAGGUAACAAAGUUUAUUCAGGAAAUAAUUUUAAUAAUGGGCCUUGUCUUUGCUCAUAUAAUUGAACUCAAGAUACCAUAUAAACAAGUUUUUAUAGUUUGAAUAGCUUCUACACAACUUCUGAAUAAAAGGCCAAGUAGACUUUUAUACAUUUUUUAAUUAUUACAUUUCCUUUAGAGUUAUUUUAGAUAACAAUCAUUCUACUAUUAUUUUGAAAUGCACUAUUUAGAAAAAAUAUAAAUAAAUUACUAUGUCAAUGUAUUUCAAAGUAUUUAUAAUAAUAAGGAACAUAUUUUACUAAGAAAAUAUUAAACUUUUGGGCUUGUGCAUUUCUUGUAGGUUGUGAUUAUGGAUAUAUAAUAGUUCUAAAAAAUAGUUCCUAAAGCACUCCACAACGUUGUAAAUGUAUUAUUACAUUUCUUUUCCUUAAUAAUUUUUUUGUUGUUGAAAUUAUUGUCCAUUAUCUUUAUAUAUAUUUAAUAUGAAUUUUUUUUUUUUUUUUUUUUAAGUGAAUGAGUUUUGUAACAUUUUUUAAAAGAGCCUAGAGAAUAAUAUUUAUAGUUUUUUCAAUUAUUUCUGAAAAUGCACCAAAGGAAAUUUUUUUUUUUAUUUAUUUUUUUGUUUUUGUUUUUUUUGUUUUUUUUUUUUAUAUAUAUUUAAUUUUAAUUUUUUUUUUUUUUUUGUAAGUGAAUGAGUUUUGUAACAUUUUUUAAAAGAGCCUAGAGAAUAAUAUUUAUAGAUUUCUCAAUUAUAUCUGAAAAUGCACCAAAGGAAAUGUAUUGUAAUUCAUUUAUAUAGUAAGAAACCUUUAUGAUUCACACUGAGAUCAACAAAAUAAGACUUGGUAAACAAACUGCAAAAUGUUUAUUUGUCUAAAGAACACAGCAAGGUGGAGAAAAUAUGCUGUACAAAAAACAUUUUGUAUGAAGAUAAAAGUAUAAGAUGAAAACCACCUAAAGCACUUGUUUGUAAUUUUGCGUUAAAUGCAAUUCUUUUUGAAAUUUGGUUGUCUUAAGCAAUCAAUUCUGAGGAUAAGAAUGUUUCAUCAGUCAUUACCAGGCUGCAUUCAUAUAUAAUUGAGAUUUAUCAUGAUUUUUGUUGGUGUAACAUCCACAAAACUUAAUUUAAACAUCACAGUAUAAGAAGGCAGUCAAUGUUUGCCAAACGAUCAGUGAAUUUUUGUAUUGUUUAUCUUGUUCCCUUUCCUUCUCUUCAAAAGCAUUUUAUGAUAAAUACUUAGAUAUGUUUUUGCACAGGAUCCAUAGAUUAUUGUCAUUCAUUUUAAAUAUUUUUUUAGUUCUAAUUAUUCAAGCUUUGCUGAAUCAAUUCAUUUGAUGUGUUUACAUUUCAGUUAUUAUUCCCAUUCUGUCAGAUCAAUAAAUCAAUUAUUUCAGCUUGCACAAAAAUAUUAAUUAGCUUUUGAAUGCAAUAAAAGCUUUUUUUUUUUUUAAAUAAAAAGAAA